AUCGCUUCGCCAAGCACCUAUGAAACCAAGCCUUGUGCUUCCGUAAACGUGAUUUUCAGGCAACAGCUCUAACGACGUCUUUAGAUCUUUCACCCUAAACCAGAUCGUGAGUGUUCCCAUAGAUGGCCCCUAACGCCAUGUCGCAACCGUCGCAACCCGCAUCAGCCGGUGCUCCCGGGAAGACAGCGGGACCGUUCAAGCCGGAUCUAUCGAAGCCGUUGGUGUUCCAGGUGGGGCACCUGGGCGAGCGGUACGACGACUGGGUGCACCAGCCGAUCAUCAGCAAGACGGGCCCGCGGCUGUUCGGGCCGGACUGGAUGGAGCUGUUCACGCAGACGCACUGGUGGAUGAUCCCGCUCGUCUGGCUGCCCGUCAUCGCCUUCGCCGAGUACCGCGCUGCCCUCGCCGGCACACCCAAGGCGCUCGUGGCGCCGUUCUUCGCGGUGGGGCUGGUGGUGUGGACGCUGAUGGAGUACAGCCUGCACCGAUUCCUGUUCCACUACCGCACGACGGGGUACUGGACCAACACGCUGCACUACCUGCUGCACGGCUGCCACCACAAGCACCCGCAGGACCGCCUGCGCCUCGUCAUGCCGCCCGUGCUCUUCGCCACGCUCUCCACGAUCGUGGCCAUCCCCUUCUUCCUCGUCUUCCCCGGGUUCCUCGUGUGGCCGGUGUACGCGGGGUCCAUCUUCGGGUACAUCUGCUACGACAUGACGCACUACUUCGUGCACUUCGGCGUGCCCGUGGAGCUGGAGUGGAUCUACUUCCUGCGACGCUACCACAUGGCGCACCACUUCAAGGACUUCAACGCCGGCUUCGGCAUCACCAACGCCUUCUGGGACAAGGUCUUCGGCACCUACCCCGCGGAAGAGCCCAAGAAGGGGGAUGAGGUGGUCAAGGCGGAUGGGUCGGUCAAGGCAAUGUAACGUUGCCGGGCUGCAGUGCAGACUGCUUAGGGUUUCGGGACUGGAAUAGAGAGCAGGGAUUCGUUCCACGCCUAGGCCUAAUGACUCCGCCUGUGAGUAUAUGGUUCAGAUUAAGUGGGUAGGAUGAACAUAAUGGAUAUCUCUAGGCUGUACAAUACGCUUCGCUGCUUGUGUGUGGAUGGCAUGUCAUGUCAGCCCUUGUUGAUACGAUGAUUGCUAAACGUUUGAAGCGCGUAGGCUCCACAC